GUCGAUAGAACCAUGCGAAACGAUAAAGCUACAUGUUGGAUCAUACACUAAUACAGAAAUAUACCAUUGCGGGAGUUGAUGGCACAAUUGGUGCCCGUGGAUCGGAGCAUCCUCCAAUCCCUCGACGAUCCGACCUCUUGCACGAAUGAUAUAAUUCUCAGCAUCAAAUCCCUACUUUCAAUUGACAAAUUAGAACAUUACGGACAGCAUAUAAAAGAGGAUGUCAAAGCUCAGCGAGGACAUACGAGAGCAAAGUCAGUACUUGCGACAACGAAGGUAACUGCAGCAUCACGGGGAACGAAGGGGCACAAUCGACAACUCACUGUUGUUGAAAUCAAGCAAGAAGUAGGGUUAAAUCCACAAGAGAAGGUUAAUUUGGCAUUUCACGUUGUAAAUGCCUGUAUCAAGGCCUUGUCAAGGCUUGCUAAGGAGCAUGUACUAGCAAAAAGAGCAGCGCAAACGAAGGAAAACUCGGCGAAAUCGAAAGGAGUCGCCAAAGGAAACCCACCGGAUACCGCACUUAGGACAAAAUCGCCGAAUCCAAGGCAGCUCAGGGCCAGAGAUGAAGUUUGCAAGCCCAAGAAGACAGCAUCGCCAGCGUGGAUCAUCGCUGCAUGUGCGUGCACCGCUUUGUCAUUUUUACGAGCGCACUACACUGUCCGAGAUGGCAAAGAUUCCACGUAUCAGGUCGAAAACGGCAUUCUUGCAGUCGUCGGAAAGUGUGUUGAUCUAGAAUUAGCAGACAUGGCACUGGAUCAGCUACGUGCUCUAAAGGAUCGACUUACAGAGCGUUCGAGCGGCAGAUCUCAGGAGAAGCAGGUCAUGAACCACAAUGCCAUUGACUACGUUGAGCUCAUUAAUCUCGAUGUCAAAUUCGAGGACAUGACUCUAAUCGCAUUCGCCGUCAAAUUGCAGCAGCAUGCGUGGCAGAUCCUUAAUCUGGUAACUGAUGUUUCCAUCAUUUCUACCACUCUGGAAGCCGUUCUUGACAAUACAUCAAAUGAAGGGUGUUUCGGUCUACUGCGAAAAUGGGCUAUGCUACCUGGUAAUGAAACCAAGGGGAGUCGUCAGCUCUCCAUAAUGUCUCGGCUACUGUUACAGCUAUCGACUGUCUCUGGGUUGUCCUCAAUGCACACGCUUGUCUUGCGUUGUUCAGCGUUUACACUGCAACUGCAAGCUUCAAGACUUGUUGGCGGCAUAUCUGAUGACGAGGCGACGGACGUUGCUGCGAAACUUGGUCGAUGCCUAGAAUCAUUCCGCAGGAGCUCGGAUUGCGCCCCGAAGACAAAGCAUACAUUGGCCAAUACAAAGGUUAUGCCACUUAUCAGCACCCUACAAGAGUAUCCUGCAUGCGAGUCGGAGCUUGCAGCUGUUUGCCAUGCUCUCAGCCAAAUAGAAGUCCUCGCGACUAAUACUGCUCAGUCAGUGAAGCAAUCUGGCGCGAUGCCUGGAUCAGAGAUUUCAGCGAUUAAUGCAAUUCGGCUCGCCGUGAAUGCAUUAAACUCCGAUGAUCGAGACAAGCUGUUAGAGCAAGCUGCCAAUGCUUUACAGCAGACCUUGCCUACUGAAAAGACCUCAGCUGAUCGUUUGUUGAUCGAGGUGGUUAGUCUACGCAGAGCAAUUCACAAGGCCGUGACAGACAAGAAUGUAUCCGGACAUAUGGGCCUCCAUGUGGCCGCCUGUUGUCUAGUGUUUCUUCGGAAUUACCUGGGAUGCUCAACUAACGACGUCGAGCCGGAUGCGGAAACAAAGGAAAGGAAUCGGGUCGGAAAAAAGUUCAUCAAGUCGUUCAUCAACACGAUCAUAUUAUGCUGUUUGCAGUGUAAUACUCCUGGAUUGGAGGUCUUCUCCAUUUUGGAUGACUGCUGUAACUUUUUCUCAGAUAUUUGCGCAACAGAUGCCUCUUUUGCCGAGGAGCGUCUCAACAGCGAAUUGAGGCGCGAGAGCUCAAUUUUUGUCACCAUCUCCAAGCUCUGCCAUCGAAUAUGGAAUCAGCGCACAGCAGCUCACGGAUCGUGUGAUGAUAUUGCCAUAAUCGCUCUCAAGACAAGCAUCAAAUCCCUGGAGCGAUGGACGAGAGAAGAAAAGGAAGCGGGCAGCUACUUUCAGGAACUCCGAUAUCUCAUCGAAGCUCAUCUGUCACGCGGAGAUUUGAACGAUGCCUUUCAUGUUUUUCAAAGAUUCGUGCGCGAAUGCGACAGCUCCGGUAUUUUAGAAGAAUUGGUCAAAUCUGCUACUCGCGAAUCUCCUGCUCAGCUGCGAAACCAGGUUCCAUAUGGCACUUUAGUAUUCCGAUGUAUACGUUCAUUUAUUGCAAUAGCAACGAAAUUGGACUUGGAUGAGACCGAAAUUAGUCAUUCACAGCUCAACUUGGCCGCAGAAUCUCGUGGUUUGCUAUUAGAAUGGCAGUUGGAGCACUUUGCGAACUACGCAACGCAUCAACGAUCCCUAAGUUCAAACUACGGACGGCUUGUGCGGUUCACAUUUGAGCAUCUACUGAAGAUCUAUGAUCAGCAGAUAUUCCCUGUUAAAAGAGCGCGAGUCGCGAUUGUUGCAGCACGCCUGUACUCAGUUGUACAAGACCUUUGCGAUCCGAACGAUCUUCUAUCUCGCUGCGUAGCUCAGACAUUACCUAGGAAAUUUGCCUCUGACUGUCAGCUCACGAAUCACUAUUCAUGUCUCAAAGCUACACUGCAAGCUGCUGUUGCUCUGUUGAAUCCAUACGCAGACGAGGCCAUGGGGAUCUUGCAGGGCUCAGUAGAGGCUUUCGAUUCGCUAACCAGUGAGAUUGAAGGUCUCGACGCCGCAUAUGGAUGCAUUGGGGACGUCGACGCAUGGUGCCAACACGUCAACGCCAUUGCAGAUCUUUAUGCCCUGCGAAGGGACUUUCGUAUGGAAGCACGAUGCAUCGAGAUUUUGCUUCGUAUCCUCGCGUUGAUGCCAGGGAGCCAGGAAUUACGCUGCGAGAUGCUGUGCCGGCUAGCUCGAGCAUAUAUAGCACUGGGAUAUACCGGAAAGGCACGCCACGUUCUUGAAGUGGCCCAUUUAGAUCUAUGUAACGCCCAAGUCUCCUCGACUACACACAUUCGUUGGCAUUUAACUGACGCCGAAUGUUAUGUCGUCGCUCAUGAACACGAUGCUUGCAGGCAAGCCAUACAGAAGGCAAUGGAACAUUCAGUUCAGGGCGACGAAGAGAGCUUCAUGAGCAGAACAUUCGCACACCCGUCUUCGAAUCUCAAUGUCAAAGAGAGACGAUUGGUAGCCCGAGCUGCAUAUACCAGCGGAAUGCUUGAACUGGAGACUGGACAACUGGCUUCCGCCUUGCGCUUUUGUAUGAUUGCCAAGUGCAUGCUCUUCAAGCUCUGGAGCUCGCUGGAACAGAUCAUGCCUCGUCAUCUGACGAGCUCCACUGCGCCAGACGCGUGCUUGAGCAGCGAUGACGCUUCAGCCAUGGGUGAUAGUCAACCGACUAUCGUUACGCGCUCAUACUCCCGCCUCGCCACUGUUCAUCUUCGAGAAUUAGUACCGGACUUGGUAGACAUCGCAAUGUUGGAAUUGAAGAUACAUUCCUUCCGCGGUGCCUACCACGAGGCUUUUGCCGCGCUCAAACACGCAAACAAGAUUUCAAAUUACGUUGGUGCAGGAGUAGCCGCCCUGUGCGAUAUAGCAGCCGCAAAUUUGUACUCAAGGAGCUUGCCUCUGAAUAGCUUAUCGGCACGCAAAGACAAGAUUCAUGAAGCGCGGACACGUAUCGAAAUGGUUGAUGAGAGUCUUCUAAGUACAACCAAUGCUACGGAUCUAUUAGCAUUUGGUGUUGUCAAAGCCAGGCUAUUGUAUCUGGAAGAAGAGCCAGAAGACCAGCAGCUACAGUUGCAAAGUACAAUGGAGCAGCUGAAGUCACUCCUGGCAGCACAAAAACAUCAUUCCAUUCCAAUGAUGCUUGAGUCACAAACAAAGGACGAUAUUACUCUAGUAGAGCAGAUGGCAUCACUCCAGCUUGAAAAGCAGCCGAAUACUGCAAGAACAAGGAAAGCUAAGACGGAAAUCGCUAAGCCAGUAAAGAAGUCCUCGAACGCAAGGAGUAACUUGACAUCCACGAGACAGGCUACACGUCCUGAUCACAGCAGCUGUGUGCCCUUGGAAGAAUGGCAAGCUGAACUUUUGCAGAGCUCUGCACUGGCAUCAUUGGAUUACCAUGUAGAGCCUGACAUAGUAGCAUUGUCCAAGUCUUUGGAAAUUGCUAGGACAAAGGUGCACAGCAACAAUGCGACUCUAUCCCAUAGCAUCGCAUCUGCAUAUUUACUUCUUCACCAAGCUUUCGAACAGAUGUCUGCGGAUAUUACUUUCAACGCCGUGCAUGAAUCCAUUGUUAUUACUCCUGCCGCACAGAGGUUUAGCAACUGCACUACACAGCAAAAGCAAGCAGUUGUGCGGUCAAAAGGGACUCGCAGAACGAAAGAAACGAAGUCAGUGAAGACCAUAGAUGUAGGGGUCGAACCGGCAAAGCCCCCAUUUAUCACCUUUUUGCACGACGCCUACCAAACUUUGCAAGGUGCUUGGAUAAGAAGCUGGUCAAAAUCAUCCGUGGCCAAUACGCGGGAGCAUAGCGAACUAGUAUCUCGAGUCUCACUCACUGCUUCGGUCUGUACGCCUCAAAGGUCCAUGGAGUGGACACAUCCAUUGAUAAAUGCUCUCUACAACGAGGCUCCGGGUAUCCAUAUGCAGCGAGUAAAUCAAACAAUCGAGCAUCCCCAUGUUGAAAAGAUCUCCAAAACAGACCUCUCGACUUGGCCAAGAAUCGAGGCCGAAAUUAAUGGCCAAGUACAUGAAACUUUAGACAAGGAUGCAUUUCAGAAGGAGUUUAUUGACAUCAUUCCUAGCAAUUGGAAUGUUGUUUCUAUGUCUCUCACAGACCAAAAUAGUGCCAUGAAGCUGGUCAGAUAUCGAUCAAGACUGCCUCCGAUCACUCUACGAAUACCCUUUGCCCAUCAAGAGUGCGAAGAUCCCGACGAAGAAGUGCUCGACAUGAGUACAGCUUAUGAACGUCUCCGUACUAUCAUCAAGCAGCAUGAAUUCACUCCCAUUGAUGCAGAGAUUGCCGAUAGAGCUGAGUUCAAACGUAAUUGGUGGCAGAAAAAACACGAGUUAGAUGCUGAUCUCCGCGUACUCUUGCAAGACGUUGAGGAUCGAUGGUUUUCAGCUGUCAAAGGUGCUUUCUCAUCUCAGCGCUGUGAUCCUGAAGCGUUAUCAAAUUUCCAAGCCCAGCUGCAAAAUCUCCUCCGUCAACAAUGCCCUGCUAAAAAGGGAAAAGGCAAAGGCACAUCACCACCGCUAUCUUGGAAUCUUGAGACCCAUGUUCUUGAGCUGUUUGUUGGUCUUGGAAACCCUAGCAAUGUUGUUGAGUUGGCUAGCGAGGAUGGACUAACAACGGAAGUAAGAGCUGAGACGACUGCAAUGUGCAAUGGCAUUCAUGAUCUUGUGCGCUUAAUUCUCGAAAAUCUGCAGUUCAGCGGCGAAAGCAUCGCGAUAGACGAGGUGGACAUCGAUGAAAUCAUUGUUAAAGUCAUUGAUGCUCUCAAAGACUAUUAUGCUGCCAUUUCUGAAGAGCAGAGCCCAUAUCAGCAUACUGUUCUCGUUCUCGACAAGCAGUUGCAUGGUUUUCCUUGGGAAUCUCUGCCCUGUCUCCGGAACCAAAGCGUCUCACGGCUGCCCUCUCUUGCUGACUUGCGCGACCGUAUCAUAGCAGCCAGACUUGUCGGCACUGACCAGAGGCUCCAAGGCAAGAUUGUCAGGCGCUCUUCGGGUGUUUCACUGCUGAAUCCCUCCGGCGACCUACCAAAAACAGCACAGCGUUUCCAGCCAUGGUUGAACAGAUUACCUCCUACUUGGGUUCAUCUCCGGAAAUCUCCUGGCGAUGAAGGUUGGCAAGAAAUGCUUUCUGAGAAUGAUAUCUUUCUAUAUGUAGGCCACGGGAGCACGGCGCAAUAUGUUCGUCCUCGAGUGGUCAAACGGUUGGGCUAUCAAGAACUGGACGGGAGAGACAUGAAUUGCGCUGUUUCUUGGUUGAUUGGUUGUAGUUCUGUGGCUCUUGAAGACCUGGGUGAAUUUGAGCCGAACGGAAUGGUCCUCAGCUACCUGAGUGCUGGAAGCCCGGCUGUCUUGGGUGCAUUGUGGGACGUUGGUGAUAUAGAUGCGGACCAUUUAAGCAUCACUGCGGCAGACUACUGGGGCUUGUGGGAUGAAUCGAACAAAGGACUAGAUGCGAAAGUAUUUCCGGCUCGGAAGAAAAUCGGAGAAGAAAAGAAGGCAUUAGGUCGACCUAUGAGUAUGUGCGAAGCCGUCUCUAGGAGCCGGGAUGGAUGUAAGCUGCCUUACUUGAAUGGCGCUGCCUUUGUGGUAUACGGUAUACCUGUAUUUUUGGGCUGAAACUGUGGAAUUUUUGGUCCGACUUCUUCAGCAUUUGGGAGGAGCGCUAUACCCCUGAAUUGAUUUCUAAUUCCACCUAGAGCUUUACAGCCGCACGGUCGGUCUUCGUCAGUUGC